CUAAGGACCACGACAACGGUAUCCUGAGUAAAAACGUACCCACACCAGAGUCAGGAUGGGGAUUUUGCAACACAAACCUAGGAGUUUUGUGAGUCACGCAUGACAAGUUUCAGUCCGUAAGGUAGUGCAAGGUAGCAAGGAAAGCCGCAUCACAAAUCGAUCUGCUAAUCCUGUUUACAGUAUUACAAGUUCCCAAACACGAUUGAAAAUGCCUGUCAUGGGGUUGCGCAUCACAAAUGUUCCUGUCAUGGCAAAGUCGCAUGACAACUCUGGUGUGGGUACGUUUUUACUCAGGAUAAACGGAGAUGAGACGUUCGACGAGUCCGCGCAGAGAUACCGCCAGCGCCUGCGCGACUACAUGAAACGCGAGGACGUGCGACUGACCUAUUUGCCGGACUUCCUCGGUCGUGCCUGCAUGGAUGUGGAUUUGGAGAAGUGUCAACACUUCGCGGCAAAAACGCC